AUGCAGCACGGCAGCGCUGGUCCUGCGCUCCCCGCGAAGAGGAAGGCUCCUCCGGACGAGCAGCAAAAUCAAGUGUUGCAACAUCAAGCAUUGCAACAGCAAGGGGUGCAGCAACAGCAGCCGCAACAACAAGCGUCCGUAUCUGUGGGCCCCCUCGAGACACACCAUCUGUAUAAGCAACUCUUUCUGUUGCAGCAGCAUCCGCUACGGAAACCCUCACUGAUGCAGCGUACAGACCUCCAAGUUGUGCAGGGUUUGCUUGAGCUGUGGCAGCAGUACGCCGUUUCAGUGUGUGGAGUCGAAGCUUUAGCCGCAGGAACCUUCUCAGCAGGCACCAGCAAUAGUAACAACAACAGGAAGCAGAAUAAAACUCCUUAUGGGCCCCCCAAACUAAGCGCUUUUAGCAGAUGUGGGGUUGCCGCACAGAUGGAUCUGCACGGCGCGUGGGUGUCUGUACACCGUAGCAGCUGCCCUUCCUUUUGCGGCCUUGCAGGUCUUGUGGUGCUGGAUACGCAGCAGGUGAGGCUUUCUACGUGUAUCCCGUCUGGGGGAGGCGUGCGCUGGCGGCUGCUGGAAAUCCUCGAACCAGCAGUCACCCGCGAGCUUCAGCAGUCGCAAAAAAGUGGCAGGGAGCCAAGGCCGAGCAGAUACCCCUAUAGGCUCCUCCCACUAUCCGCACGAGGCGUUGACAGCGCCUUUAGUGCUUCCAGCAUUAGUAGUAGUCGUAGCAGCAGCAGCAGCAGCAGCAGCAGCAGCAGCAGUUACAUCAAUAGCAGCACUAGCAGCAGCAGCAGCAGUAGUAGUAGCAGUUACAGCAGCGGCAUUAGCAGCAGCACUAGCAGCAGCAGCGGCAAACCAGCACUUCCUGCAAGUACAGAUGACUGCAAUGCCUUCUCGUCAUCUCCCAUACCUUUUGGUCCGUGGCGCUUUUCCACAGCGACAGCCGCCGCGGUUCUGCCGCACAGUUCUCUUUUGCAGCGAGCUGGUGUGGGAGGCCUUCCCUCAGAAGGAUGCACUUCCGGCGACAGCACCCUCUUGUGCUGCCCGCAUGCGAGCUGCGCGUUAGCCCUGUACUGUGCCUCUCCAGCAGCAGAUGCAGCGGCGAGCAGAGCUCUCCAGAGUCUGACAGCGCCUCCUCGGGGAUGGAAGAAGGCGGCCUUUGAAGACGCCUCGAGGGGAGGCGAUUCAGAUCCUGCGUGGCUUCUGUUCAAGGGUUUAUGCGGCAGCGUUGCAGAGGCGCUCCCCGAAGGGCACGACUUGGGCGAAUCCUGUGCGCUGCUGUUUGAAGUGCUGACUGCUGGAGGACUGGCUUCUCCCCCCUGCCCUCCUGAUCCUCUCGAGGCUGCAACAGCGACAGCAGGCGUGCAGGAAGCGGCAGUAAGUGCAUUGGAAACUGUCGGAGACCUCCUUCCUGCCCUGGGACCAGUGGAGGCAACGCGACUCCUCUGCUGCGUGAGGCGGCUUGUUGCCGCUGACGAGCAGCGCUUUCCCUCCCUUCUGCUGCUCCAGCAGCAGAUGCAUGCUGGUGAUGCAGGUGCUGCUGCUGCUGCUUUGUCUGAUGGUUUGGCGUUGAGUGCCGCAGACUUCAAGGAGGCCCCUCCAGCUGUUCGUCUGCUGCCUCCUGCAAAGCAGGGACGGCUGCUCUCAGCAGCAGCAGCAGCGUCUGCCAAAGCAGCAGCAGCGAAUGAAGCUGCUGCUGCUCCCCGCAUCACCUUGCCUGGUAGUGGCACACUGCAACUGCAGGAGAAGGAGGAAGCAGAGGGCCUUCCGUGGCUGCAUCGCGUAUGCUGGGAAGUUGUAGGAGGAGUCACUGCUCAGGAGGAGCUUAAAAAGCAACCGCAACACCCCUACAACUCCUCAGAGUACUCCGAUAUCAACGACCCUCUGGCACCUCUAUGCAGGAGUGCGGCAGAGCUGAUGGCUGCUGUUUUGGGGGCGCUUGCGGCUACCGACGAGGGCACAGAGGCAGCAGUAUCAACAAACCCUGAGGCGGCAAUUUCAGCCAACGCAGGAGCAGUUGACACGCUGCUGCAGCUACUGGGGCAAGAUCGUGUGUCGGAUGUGCAUCGAAUAGUAUCGAGAGCACCUUGCUUGAUAGAUGCUGCAGCCCGUCUGCAGACUACAGCCGAGCAGCCUCAGCAGCAGCACGGGGUGUCUCCGCAGAGGAAGGGUCCUACGCUGGUUGGUGCCUCGGUUAAAUUCAUGCCGCUUCACAAGGGGCGUCGGUCUGCAGCGGUGUCUGGACAGCAGGGGGCCCCCAAAAGCCUUUUAGGGGCCCUUGCGGACGCUGGUUAUACCAAGGCCCCCACACCCUACAAAUCGGUGCACAUUGUUGAUGAUUCUGCCUCUCUGCUGUCUCCUCGGCGAGCCCUUCGCGGCUGCCUUCCUGAAGGUUCUCGAGUUAAGGAUUCGCCUAUUGCCUAUGAAGUGCUCAUUCCUCCUCCUAAGCCUGCUUUAGUCGAUGAGGCCUCCCUAGUGCCCAUAAGCGCGUUGCCUUCAUGGGCGCAGACGGCGUUUGGUGGAAUUCAGACUUUGAAUCCGAGGCAAAGUCGCGUGUAUCCAGUGGCCUUUCUGUCCUCCGCGUCUUUUCUCGUCUGUGCUCCUACGGGGGCAGGCAAGACGAACAUUGCUCUCCUCGCUCUCCUGCAGCAGCUCAACGAGCAUCGCCACUUAUCAGACGGCAAAGCCUCCAGGCGAUCUCGCGGCAACAGCGGCAGCCCUCCCCCCCCCGACCCGAACACAACUGGGAGUACCCACAACCCCACCCCCGCGAACAGGCCCUCGAGCCCCACGCAUGCGGACGCUCCCUGUACUGCCCCAGCCGAGUUAGAAGAGUGGUCUCCGCCUUCUGCCAAGCACUUCAAGGCAGUGUACAUCGCUCCUCUGAAAUCCUUGGCUGCUGAAGUCACCGCUAAAUUCCAAGCGGCGCUGGCCCCUCUGCGAAUUCGUGUGGCCGAGGCAACAGCAGACAUGCCUGUCACUCGAAAGGAGAUUGAACAAGUGCACGUGUUCGUCGCAGUGCCCGAAAAGCUGGAUAUUCUGACGCGCAAUGUUUUCUCCAUCUCGGGAGAGGGAGAAUGCAGCCUGCUGGACACAAUCAAAUGCCUCAUCUUGGACGAAGUGCAUCUUUUAAACGAGAGAAGAGGCCCAGUGCUUGAAGCUCUCGUCGCCCGGCUUCUCAGACAUUCAGAACGCUCGCAGAGGCUCACCCGGCUUGUCGGCAUCUCUGCCACGCUCCCCAACUGGCGCGAGGUUGCUGACUUUUUGCUGGUAUCGCCUUCGCAUGCAUUCUACUUUGGAGCCGAUACGCGUCCAGUUCCCUUGAUGCAGACGUACAUGGGCAUCAAGGAGAUGGAUUCUAACAAGCAGAUGCGCGUCCUCGAUGAGUGCACCUUCACAGCAGCGCUGUCAGUCGUGCAGAGGGGCCACCAGGUGAUGGUGUUCGUACACUCGAGACAAGGCACCGUGGCGACGGCUGAGGCUCUGGCAACGCUUGCGGCUUCUCGAGGGCAUGCGGCUCUGUUCGCUUUGGCAAAUCCAAACGCUCAGCAAAAGGCGUUGCUGCUGCAACUGGAGCGGAGCUCUCGCUAUAACGAGUUUAAGGUCUUGGCUCCAAGGGGGUUUGCAGUGCAUCAUGCAGGAAUGCUGCGAUCGGAUAGGACGCUUUCCGAACGGCUGUUUGCUUCUGGCGCCGUGCGGGUGCUCUGCUGCACCUCUACUCUCGCAUGGGGUGUGAAUUUGCCAGCUCGCUGCGUCAUUAUCAAGGGCACCACCGUUUAUUCCCCCCAAGAAGGCAGUGGCAACAAGGAUAUCGGCCCUCUGGAUGUUGCGCAGGUGUUUGGAAGGGCGGGGAGGCCUCAAUUCGACACCGUAGGAGAGGCUGUGCUGAUCACGGAGUACAACAAAAUAGCCAAGUACAUUCGCUUGAUGACGUCUUCUCUGCCUGUAGAGUCGCGGCUGCUCGAAGAUCUCCCGAACGCGCUCAACGCAGAGGUUGCGCUGGGGACCGUCUCCUCCGUCUCCGAUGCAGCGGAGUGGCUGCGUUAUACUUUCCUCUUUGUGCGCAUGCGCUCACACCCGGAGGCCUAUGGCGUGCGUCGUAGUGCUCUGGAAGAUGAUCCUACGUUGCAAAACCACCGCAUGGCCCUUGUUGAAGCGGCUGCAUCUCGCCUUAACGACUGUCGCCUCCUGCGCUUCCACAGACGCGCAGGGCGUCUCGAUAUCACAGAUCUCGGCAGAAUGGCGGCACGCUUCUACGUGGAUUACGAAACGGCUCAAAUGUUUGCCCGCGAACUAGACCGAGGGCAUCUAACCGACGGCGAUCUUCUUAGAAUCCUCGGCUCUGCCAAAGACUUCGAGGGCAUUCGCGUUCGCAAGGAAGAAGAGAAAGAACUUGCGAGUCUCAGAGGCAGUCGGGCCUGCCGCAUUCCUUGGCGGGGCGAUCUCGACUCUGUGCCUUGCAAAGUCGCCACGCUUCUGCAAGCCUGUUUAUCCAAUGCCUCCCUUCAAGCCUCCUCUCUUAUUACCGACGCGAACUACGUUUAUGCGAAUGCUGGACGGCUCGCGCGCGCACUUCUCACAGCGUCUCUCGCAGACACCGUGGGAAGGACGGACGAAGCAGAAAAAGUUCUUGAAUGGACGAAGGCUAUUGAAAGAGGUUUCUGGCCAGAUGCAUGUGUGCUCCGGCACUUUUGUAACCUCAACUGCUUCGCCCCCGACCCUCAAAAGCGGCGCUCACAGCAGCAGCAGCUGCUGCAUCAGCAGCAGCAGGGCAGACAACAGCGCCUGUACUUGCGCCCGCAAGCUGUGGCGAAGGUGGAAAGAUUGCGGUUCACGCAGGAGCGGCUCUUCUCCCUCUCCCUUCCCGAGUUGCAGAGCAUAUGCAGCAGCAAGGCUGACGGCGAGGAUCUGUAUAGGGCGCUGCGGCGGGUACCCAUGGUAGAGGCAGAAGUGCUGGUCUCGUCGAUCACUCAUAACAUCAUCCGAGUCUCUCUUGCCGUGUCUUUCGUGGAGGAUUUCUUGUGGAAUAGUGCGCUGCAUGGAGCUGGAGAGUUGUAUCACGUGUGGCUGUCGGAGAGUGACACCGGUGUGCUGCUCCAUCAGGAGGUGCUGCAUCUGACGAAAGCCCACGUCAAAGAGAAGCAGAAGCUGACCUUCGCGCUGCCCCUUCACGACCCCACCACGCAAACGCAGUUCGCGAUCAGCAUCAUCAGCGACAGGUGGAUCGGCGUCUCUUGCACCUGCCCCUUUGCAGCGUCGCAGUUCUCUGCGUCUGGAUUCUCUGCGGCAGCUGCAACGCCGCUGCUCGACAUGCAUCCCGUGCCCGUGACAGCCUUGCAGAACGCUCGCUACGAGUCUCUCUACAACUUCUCCUUCUUCAACCCCAUACAGUCUCAAGUGUUUCACGUGUGUUACCACACGGACUACAACGUGUUGUUGGGAGCUCCUACGGGCAGUGGAAAGACGAUUGUUGCAGAGCUCACCAUUCUGCGCGCACUAAGGUGCUACCCAGGACAGAAGGUGGUGUAUAUUGCGCCUUUGAAGGCCCUUGCAGCCGAAAGACUGCAAGACUGGCGUCAGCGACUCGGGAAGGUUCUAGGUCUGAGAGUCGUGCAGAUGACGGCAGACACGGACGAGGAAGAAGAAGUGAAUCCCCGUCUCGCAGACCUCUUUGUUUGCACCCCUGAAAAGUGGGAUGGACUGUCGAGACAGUGGAGGACGCGAGACUUCGUCGCCGCUGUAGGCCUCCUCAUCAUUGAUGAAAUUCACCUGCUUGGGCAGGAAAGAGGUCCCGUGCUUGAGGCGAUUGUGAGCCGCAUGCGCUUCAUCAGCAGCCAAGCCUCGCGGAGAGUGCGUCUUGUGGGGCUUUCUACGGCGCUGGCGAAUGCUGGCGACGUUGCCGCGUGGAUUGGCAUCGGCAGAGUUGGGUUGUUUAGCUUUAGGCCAGCUGUCAGACCUGUUCCCUGCACGGUGCACAUUGCAGGCUUUGCGCAGAAGGCCUUCUGCCCCCGGAUGGCUGCGAUGAAUAAGCCAACUUUCGAUGCCAUUCUAACGCAUGCGCUGGCAGACAGUCGCAGCGCGUCCCUCUCGACGGAGCGGCAAGGCAUCUACAGCACCGUUCCUCCUUCUCCGCCUUCUCUUACCUCAGGAAAGGAGAUUUCUGCCGCUGCAGCAGCAGCAGCGUCCACAGCAGCAGCGCCAGCAAGGCUCAGACCUGUGCUGGUGUUUGUAGCUUCCCGACGGCAGACGCGACUCACAGCCAAAGAACUCAUCGCCUUGCAGCACAUGCACGAAGGCGGCACACUUUUCUUAUGGCUCCAAAGCGAGCAGCAGAAGACGGAGUAUGCUAAGGCCAUCUCCCGCGUGAAGGAUGCGACGCUUCGCUCGGUGCUGCUGCACGGAGUGGCCAUACACCACGCAGGCCUCUCUCCGGCUGACCGCGAGAUCGCAGCUCACCUCUUUUCCCUGGGCUGUGUAAGAGUCUUAGUUGCUACCGCCACGUUGGCAUGGGGCCUCAAUUUGCCAGCCAGACUCGUUGUGAUCAAAGGAACCGAAUACUUCGACGGCAAAACAAAACGCUACACGGAUAUGCCCGUCACCGACAUCCUCCAGAUGAUAGGUAGGGCAGGUCGUCCCCAGUUUGAUACGGAGGCGGUGGCAGUCGUUUUCUGUGAAGAAAGCAAGAAGAGCUUCUUGAAGCGUUUCCUGUAUCUCCCCUUCCCAGUUGAAUCGUGUCUUCACCUCUGCCUUCCUGAGCAUCUCAAUGCUGAGAUCGUUGCUGGAACUAUCCGCAAUAAGACUAUGGCCAUCGACUACCUCACGUGGACGUACUUCUUCAGGCGUCUUGCUUCCAAUCCAGGGUAUUAUAGCUCGGAGUUGCUGACUGAAGACACGCGAGGGGGCAGCGUUGCCGCAGCAGAACGAAGAAGGCAAAUGAUCGCCAAGUACCUUGACAGACUCGUCAGCAGCAGUCUAGACACGCUGCUUGAGCUGGGCUGUAUAUCGCUGCGACUCCCCGAGCCGUGGGAGCAGGCGGACACAACUGCUGAGAAGGAGAAGGACAAGCAGGGCACAGGCUUUCGACAGAUCCUGCUGAGUCAGCAGCAAGAGCAACACGAAAUGCUGGAACCCAUUAUCGAGGCAACUCCGCUUGGUCGAAUCGCGUGCUUUUACUACAUCGCGCCAAAAACCUCAAAAAUGCUGCAGGACAAGAUGCAGCCGGAGGCCCCUUAUCUGUCUUUCGUAGAUAUCCUGAGGCUUUUGACGGAUGCAGAAGAGUUUUCGCAAAUGCCACUGAGACACAACGAAGAGAUCCACAACGCUGAGUUGGCUCGAGAGUGCCCUCUCCCUGUGCGGGGAGAUAGCUUUGACUCUCCCCACACGAAAACUUUUCUUCUGCUACAGGCCUGCAUGUUCAAAAGGCCUAUGCCCGUUUCCGAUUAUAUCACGGAUCUUAAGAGCGCUCUCGAGAACUCCAUGCGAGUCAUUCAGGCUAUGAUUGACGUGGCUGCGGAGGAAGCGCAGCUGCAGUACGCCCUCAGGACGAUCCUCUUGCUGCAGUGUCUUCGGAGCGCCACACACCCCGCCCGCAGCAGUCUUUAUGUCCUCCCCCACAUGACGGAUGCUGUUGUCGCAGCACUAAGGCAACAGGGGAUUGUAUCCCUUGCCCACGUGAGGGAGGGCUGUCUGUUCAAGCUGCUGGAGGACCGAUCUGCCGCCGCGUCAUUGACUCGUUCUGGCCUCACUCUCCACGAGAAGAAUGAGGUUCUGUCCUUCCUUGCACGCAUUCCCAGGCUGCGCAUGAGGUGGUUUCUGUACGCUGCAACGACAGCGACGGAGGGAAGCGGUGCAGGAGGAGAAGAGGCGGACGAGGAAGAACUUGUUUUCACGCAAGUGGAGCAACAAGUCAUACGGAGAGACGACGGUCAGCCCGUCAAGUGCUUCAUCAUCCCUGCAGGCACCGACCUUCAGCUGGAGGUUCACGUGAGAGCUUUGGGGCCCCUAGGAGGCGCAUCCAAUGAUACGGCAGCGAAGCGCGACAAUUUACCCUCUUCGAGCUGGUUUGUCAUCCUUGGAGACGUCGACGAUGCCGCCGACGAACUAGUGGCGUUGCGCCGUCUCAGGAUACGCCCCUAUGGCCACAGCAAGCUGAUUCUUGAGUGA